CUCAUCUGUUCCUUGCCUCCACUAUGGCCUCGGUCCUGGUGCCCGUCUUAUAUGUGGCCAUUGUCUUUGGUUCUCUCCUCGCAUUCAGCUCUUGGUACAGACGUCGCAACGCCACCAAGAUCUAUGAGCCCUAUUUCCCCCCGCACCGAGAGCGCGAUCUCUAUGUAACUCUCCUUCAGAAGGCCGAUCCUGCACCGCCCGAAUCGCUCCUCAAAGCAGCCCUUGUCCGUCGGGCUAUGACCGAUGUCUCUCGCAUCUUGCGCAUCCGCGAAGACAAGCCCGCUCUCCAGAUCCUGCUGCAAAAGGGAUCCAUAGGCGAUGAUCUUUGGAACAGUCUCCUCGCGGCGGAGAAAGAGCUCGAGGCCGAGAUCCUCGAAGUCGCCGCGGAGGCAAACUCAUUCGUCGAAGGCUGGGGUCAACUCAUCUUCCAGACUGCAACAGAAAUGAUGCACAACGAAAGAAUGCGUGGCAUCUACGAACAGAUUCCGCAGAUGCGCGCCACCAGGGAACGGAAGUAUGGACGUAUAGCCACAUCCAAGGCAAUUGAAUCUGCUACACCAGCAUCUGCGUCUCCGCCACUUGUCUUCACGCCCCAAAAGCCUGCUUCUCCAGCGCCUUCGCAGACACCUGCCUCUCCCAAAUCCACGAACGGCUUAGCGCCACCUCCUAGCGUGGGCGCGGAUAGUGGUUUGAGCGAUGGCGAAAGUCCCGCUUCCCCCGCCUCGCCCCGAACGCCGUCCAAAUCCUCCGCGAAGAAGGCAAAGAAGCGCAAGUAGAUAUACAGUCAUUAUUCCUCUUGGUGGUCACAGUAGUCGUAACGCGUAUAUGACGGAGAGCAGCGGACUCUCGUCUACGUGGGUAAUACAGAGCUCGAGAUGAAAGACAGG